UCGAUCGGCCGGUAAAUUGGCGUAAAAUGGCGUUUUACAAAGAAGUUUACAAGCGCACGGCUUUACUGGAUAUAUGUAUCUCUGAGCGGCUACUCUCAGAGCACCAGGCCGUACUGGAAAGUAUUGUGAAAAAGAUGCCCGAAGUCCCGGAUUCAUCAUACUGGUUGCAAAGAUACUGUUUCUCGGUGGUUACCGCCGCCGGUUGUGCCGGUAUGAUCAUACCCAGCUUGCUCGGUUGCAGCCGUUCAAGAUUAAUCGCCGUCGCAGGGCUUGCUGUACCGAUAAUAGCCGGCACCGGUUAUUACAAUCGCAAGUUCAAUACGAAUAUUACUGCGGUGGUUUCUUUUCUCUGUGGGAUCGAUAUGUUUCACGUAGCAGCAGACCAGGUUUUCAUACACUUUGACGAGAUGAGUUCGUACGAGAACGAGCUGCUUCGCACGGCUGCAUCUCGCGCGUUGAGCAUUUGUGUGUGUGGUAUGCGAGACGUCGUUGAACAUCUGUAUGAUUUGGGCAAAUCGCUCGAGUCCUACACAGAUCUCGCCAAAGAGUACGAUCAUAUGUAUGGCCUGCUGGAGGCACGCGAAUAUUUUUGCGACCAAUCAACUGUCGAAAAUGAACCCGAGCAGCUGUUCCUAAAUGCAAAGAAGCAACGAAAAGUAUUGCUGUAUCUCCAGUCGAUGUGCUUGUACCGGAUGGGGCUAGCUAUUGCCAGCGGCUCUGAUCUAGGAAAGGCACGCAUUACCCUCUACAAGGCUACAAUCUUCCUCAAGCAGCUGUCGAAGGAGAUGAAGUCCAAUCUGCUUCCGAUACCACAAGAGAGUACUUUGCAGGCAACGGUGGCGUCAAAACAGGUUGAGUUGCUAAAAACACGAACGCAAGCAGUUACGGCGAAUGUAACUGCAACUCACGUGCUAUUGACAACUCUGAUGAAUACGUUGGAUGAAGUAGCAAACAAUCCCUUGCGAGGCAAUAACCAUCUUCUACAGUGUACUGCUACCUUAUUGUCGGAAAUCCGGGAGAAUACUGAGCAUCGGCUGCAAACAAUUGCUGAUAUGGAGUCAGACGUGGCCCGCCUCUUCGUGCCGAAAAAAUCACACGCAGCGAACACAACAGAACAGCGAAUUAUUGACUUUGAAGAAGGGAUCGAAUAUGAAAUCACAAUCGACGGAAGUGUCCCGGAUACCAUGCCCGCUGAAGAUGAAUUUUUCCUGCAUACGGCAUCAGCGUUGGAUUCAGCUUCACCAGCUGGUGUAGAUACGGAGCACGACAACGAAGAACCGCCCGCAGAGCCGGUGGAUAGAAGCACGAAGCGCAACUACCGAAAGGUGUUGAAUCAGCUGCAUGACAAGCUGAAACCGAUUAAACAAGAGUUUAAGAAGCGCGAGCAGCGCGCACUCCAGCGCAAAGGUAUAACAACCGUAUUAGAUCAUGUCGCCGAGGAUGAAGAGGAGAACGAUGGUAGCGAUUCCGAUACCAUAACGAUCAGCUCUCUUAGUUCGGAUGAUGAAUAUGUGGCCUGUAAGCCCACCAAUUACCAGCAGCGCUACAAUGACGCUAAGGAGGAGCUGGCUACAAAACCGCAAAUCAAUCUGUUUCCCGACGGUUGUGCGCCAAUCGUUUCGACUGGCGAAGAGGAUAUUCUCGAGUAAGAGACGAUGAUCGUUAACUAGAGAUAAAAUUAAACUAAUUGAUUUGUGCUUGAUAUGCACUGGCCACCCUGAAUUGCGGCAG